CCCUCCUCUCUCUCUUAAAUAACAGCGCAAUAUACUUUCCCUGAUUUUCCGACGAUCCACAAUCGAAUUUACUUCUCUCUCUACAAAAAUUUGCAAUCUUCAUCUCCUAUAUUUUCUCUCCACACACAUUAAUGGCAGGCCUUCAAUACCUCCUGAAGCUAAGAAGCUCGAUUCUCACCAUCUAAUUCAGCUCUAACCGUAAAAACAGAUAUCUGAUUUAAGGUUGAUGAAGCUUGUAAUCGGUGUUUGCUGUUCCGAUCGUUCGUGCCGAGCAAUACUCUUAUGGAAUUCUCCUGAAAUCGAGCUGCCUUUCGUUUAUUCAGGAGGAACUUUGAAAGAGAAGCGGGGAUUUAGGGAUCGUUUUUCGAGUAAUGGCGAAAGGGGAAGAGGAACGCUGCGUCUUUCCCUUGACGAGUUUGCAGAUCGGGGAUUUGCAGUCCUACCUUUCACAUCUCCACCUAUUUCUAGCCAAUGAAAGUGGGAAUUUCUACAUCUUGGUGGAUAAUAGGCCAUGGUUGAAAGAUCUCGCAUCUCUGUCUACUCAUUGGUGGCAAUUGAUGGUCACUAAGUCCAGGUUGUCCCCAUUUGCGAACACAAGGGGCAUAAAGGAAAGCAAGUUGGCUGAAGAACUUCCAGAGUUGCAGGCUUCUUCCCCACCACCUACCAGAAGACAAAGAGUCCUACAAGAGUGGUUUCAUGUCAUCGAUGCUAUGGUUGUAUCUAGGAAGGAUGCUUUGCUUCCUGUAAAGAAGCUUACAAACACAUUGAUUUCAAAUGGCCUGAUACAGAGAACUAUGUACGGAUUCAUUGUGUUUGAGGUUGCAUUGAUUAAUGUUCGUGGAAUCAACUAUUAUAAUGAGCUUCAGACAGACACAUCACUUGCUAUAGAGGCUAAGACUAUGCGGAGAUGGGAAUUUGACAGUAUAGCACAAGCUGACAGGAGCAUUGCCUCGUGGUUUCCAGGGACAAUUAAAGAACAGAUUCUUUUGAAGGAGCAUCUGGAUGCCACACUAGGAGAGGUUUACUAUGAUGCUCAAGAAAGUUUCCUGAAGGAUUUUGAUCCAAAUGGGAACGAAACUUCCAGUGAUGUAACAUCUGCUGGGUGUGAUACUCCCUGCUCUCCUGAUAAUACUCCUAGUGUGUGUCCAGAUAAGACUGAGAUUAUCAAGGAGACACACCAUAUGUCCCCUACCCCUGACGAGCCUCCCAAAAGGUGGAAACUUUUCCCCUCUAUUCACUAUCAAGCUGAGAGCAUUAAUAGCUCUGGAGAGGCAGACCGUGACCUGAAUGGAGUCUGUUCGAAGACCUCUGAUGUAAGUGACUGUGAAGAAAAAAUCGAGGUCACAAUCUAUCGUGAUGUUUUGAUUCUAUUCAAGUUCAGUGAUCCCUAUCUCCCCUUCAAGUUAAAGGACAUAAUAAUGUCAAAACUAAGGCUACUUACCCUACUUGAAGCUGGACUUCCAUCUUGGGUCAUUUUCCUGCAGUCUUACCCAGGAUUUUGCCGGAUAUAUAGGCCGUGGAUGUGCCCAUUGGCACGAGGUCUAUACGUUUUUAUCUCAGUUGUCACUGUCCUCAUUGGAUUUUAUGACUUGUACAAGAAUGUACCUAUGCUUAAGGCGACCGUUUCUAGAAUGUUCGGACCCCUUUUCGACUGGAUAGACGCGUGGGAAAUGACUUCAAGGAUCCAAUAUUUAGGAACCAUGCUGUUUCUUCAUAACUUCCAAAAGGCCAUGAACUGUUUCCUUACAGCAACAAGGACCCUUCUCUCCAUCCUCACUUUCUUUUUUGCACCAUUGGCUCGACCCUUUGCUGAGCUCUUGGAACUCUUCUCCCCCCUUUGGAAUCUGUUCUUACCAUUAGCACAGGAUUUCUUCUCGGUGAUUUGGACAGUGGUAGAGUCUUCCUUCACGAUGAUAGGUGACAUUUUGGAGAUGUUCCUGCUGCCUGUGUGGUACUUAUUCAAUGUAGCUUGGAAUGUUGCAAUGAAAUUCGUUUAUCCUGUAGCAUGGAUAUUUAUCUACGCUCCACUUAAGCUGCUGUUCGGAUUCUGCCGCAUUCUCUCAUCGUCUUGUAUGGUCUUAUACGCCUUGUUUAGAGACAUGUGGAUGUCUACAAGAAGCAUAUUUAGGGUGACGAAGAGUGUCCACUCAACAGUGAGCACAGUUGAGAUUUCAAUGUGGCGUUCUCUUUGGCAUGACCUUUUCUCUCAGAUUUUUCGUGCUCUCCGCAGUAUUCUCCGCGGUUUAGUGGCUAUCCUCGCUGCCUGCAAUAGGCACCGGCUCAGUAUCUAUAAUCAUGUGAGUGAGUUCACAAAAAGAUCAUUAAGAGCCACAAGGAGUGCGUGGCCUCAAGAAAAAGCUGAGAUAAGUUUGUUGACCCAAGAUUCGAAUGACAGUGCUCUUCCCUGGAAAGAGUCCUCCUAUAUAGUGAAGAAGUCCGAGAAGGACUUGUAACAUUUCUAUCAAAGGUAAACACAUAAAGCUAUCUUCGAUUGCUAACUGUGGCCAAAACUAGUACACAAACUUAUGGUCCAAGUAGAACUAAGAUUCCAUAACUAACUAGGAGUUGUUACGUUGCAUUUAAAUUACCUUCUCUAGGUAGACUUCUACGCACUAAAAAUAAGCAGAUUUAUCCUUUUUCGACAUUAGAGAAAGGUGCAUUGUGAAUAACACAAAAGAGAAUGCACAUGGAAAGAUGAGGGAGUGCAUAGUGAAAAGUAACCUGUCAUUAUCUUCUCCUUUUCUUAUCACCCAUUAACCAGUUGAGUUCUGCAGUCAAUAUAAAGUUUCAUCCAAGACGAAGACCCGUUCAGCAGAAUUAUCAGUAAAGAAUGUAUGUGCAUUUGGUGAUUAUUCAUAACUAAGAAAGGUAUCAUCCUCUGAACUACAGAAGCACUAUAUUAGAACAAGUUAUCAUUUGUUCAUUACUAUGCACAUAGAAAAACUGGAUAGAGCUUAUGAGCAUUGCUGAAAGAGUACUGACAGUAGCGUUGAGAGAGAAGCCUUCUUGAACUAAUAGAUUUUCUACAGAUCCCAAACAAUCAUUUUACUUUACAGUACAGAGACAGAUCAGCUUAGAGAAGGAAGCGAAAACUUUGCUCUGGAAACGUCGUGCUUGGUGCUCAAUAAAUUUCGAUAGCGAUGUUUGUGCACUAGUUGAAGAAAUGAAACAACUUUUUACACCUCUUGGAAACUGAGAAUGACUUAGGCAAGUUCUUGAAGGACGAUGCUGUCGAACGUCUCCAUAAACCUGUGCUCCGAAACUCUUGGGUUGGCUGCUACGAACCGCUGGUACUUAUAAACACAGGAGUCAGGCACCAUCUCUGUGAUUUUCUCAAUUUAGUACUAAUAUCUGCAACUGAGUAGGUAGCUAGUUAUUCUAUGUAUAGAUCAUGUAUAAUCAUGUAUAGAUGAUUCUUGACAUCUAAAAUUCUGAAAACUGAAGUAAACAGUAUUUACCUGAAUUGGGCCUGAAAUCUCAAGUUUACUAAAUUGGACUUUUUAAUGAAA